CCUGAUUGGCUGUUGACAGAAGCGUGAAGAUUUAAAGAGCAGUAGGGAGACAGCAGCAGCAGCAGAACAGGGCCAGCGCACAGCCUCCAGGAACAUACUGCCAUCAAACCUCAUCAGUCUUCUUCUCUCUGCAGCUUCCUGCUACUCCAAAUAAGGCCGCCGCACAGACACCAUGAAAGUGGUAUUUGUUUUUGUUCUGCUCUUUGCUGCAGUUCUCUGCCGACCGGCAAGAAAAUUUUCGGACAGUUCUGCAGAGAGCUCUGAAGAAGCGGUCAGACGACCUGCAGCUUCGCUUUUCAGGAAACAGAUGGCCGAAUUGACUCGAUUCCGUGCGGCGCCAUUCAGGUUAUUCCAAAGGUUUUUAGCACCCAUUGUUGUUGGUUCAGAUGAGAGCACAGACAGUUCUGAUGAGCCGGCAGCAGUCGAGACUCCAUCUUUAGUCAACUUUGAAACUACGGACGAUGCUGCCACAGACACACCCUCCGUCGACAAUCAAGAUGAACCAAGUGAAGACAGCGAUGGUGAUGAUGACGACGACGAAGAGGAUGAUGAAUCAGAGGAAAGUGAAAGUGAGGAGGAAGAUGAGGAAGACAGCUCCGAGUCGGGCGAGUCUUCCACUGUCGCCCCUGAGACGGUCACCCCUGUAAUUGUGUUUGAAACUACAGAGGAGCCCCUGUUGCCCACCAUUGUCACAGAUACAGACUCAGGCCGCGGCGACAGCAUGGGAGGAUACCCCAGCCAGUACAAGAGCUAUGUGUAUCCGGAAGAGAAGACCUACCACAAGGCUCCUUCGCCUUACAAGUCCUAUGAAUACGUUGAAACGGGGAAAAAAUCGGCUUAUGACGUGCCCAUUGACAAUGAGGUGGAGAAGUCACCAGAGGUGUACAAGAGUGAGACUCACCAGGAGCACUCUGACCUAAUGGAGGAGGAUACCAGCACUCCUGAGAACCAGGAUGUUCUCCCAGAGGAGGAGGAGGAGGAGAACGCUGGCACAAGCGAUAGCGGAAGCUCCGCAGAUGUGGAGGAGGAGGAAGACGAGGAUUCUGCACCCGAGCAGAGCAGCGAGGAGGCUACAGCCACACCUGGAGCUGCAGACAGCGAUUCUGACGAGAGCGACAGCAUGGAGAGUGACUCGGACGAGCACGGGAUGGACGCUGAAACCACCACUGACGUCCCGGUGGUCAUCACCGCCAAAUAAGUCAUCCAGAAAGGGAGGUGUGGUGUCCCAUAGAUUGGUAUAAGGAGUCCAUGCCACAUUCAGGUGGAAUCUGUCCACUCCUGAGACACUUUCUACGGCAGGGACAAUCCAAGGCAACAAAUGCUUAUUUACUAUCAGUGAGUCACAGAGUCCAAAACAUAUUGGGAUGGGUAAUCAGUUCAAGCAUUAUAUAACUUUGAAGCCAUAUAUUUGCCUUGCGGGGGGUUCAGCUUGUUGCUCGCUUUAAUAUAAAAUCUGCUGGUGUCCUCAGUUCUUAGUUACACUACAUGUGGAUUCCCCCCCCCCCCAUGAUUACUGUAAUGUAUGAUUUUGUACCAUUUCGAAAAUAUAAAAUACAAUUAUUUUACAUAAAUCCACCCUGCAUAUGGCUUAUUUGUUUUGGUUCAAACUCUAGUGCCUUUGACAAAGUCAGAUAUUUGGUAAAAAUAAAUUUGUUGUGUAAAAAAUGCACAGUAUCAGUCAAAGUUCUGAGUCCACAUAAGAAGCAAGUGUGCCAAACGUUUGACUGCUUACUGUAUAUUCAGCCAUUAGCCACAUUUGUGUCUGCUACCAUAUUGUGACCGCAUUUGAGAGGAGAUCAUUAUAACUCCUAGUUGAGAGUGAAUUAAUCAUAACUAAAUCACCACACACUAACAGGACAAUCAGAAAUCUUUUCUAAUCUUUUAAAAAUGUGUGUUUUUUUUUUUUUAAUAAACUCUUUAAAGACAUGGA